AAGGACCCUCUUGUUAGCCAGUUGGUCAACACCUUGAUGCGUGAUGGUAAAAAAGCCAGAGCCCAGCGUGUUAUUCUUGACAGCAUGAAGCACCUGCAGAAAAAGACUGACUCGACCAACCCUUAUUCCAUCCUGACCGAGGCUAUCGAGUCUGCUUCGCCUUUACUUAAGCUUACCUCGACAAAGAAGGGAUCCAAGGUUGCCCACGUUCCUACUCCCCUGAGAGAACGUCAGCGUCACCGUCGUGCUAUUGUAUGGAUUAUUGAUGCAGCUGCCAAGCGUGGUGAAAAGACUUUUGAAGAGAAAUUUGCGGCCGAGAUCUAUGAUGUGUCUCAGGGAGUCAGUGCUGUUCUCCAAAAGAAGUUGCAGCUCCACAAGCAGGCAUUGGCUAACCGUGCCAAUGCUCAGGUU